AUGGCUGACAUCGAAUACAACGCCGACGAGGCUGCUGAGCUUAAGAAAAAGAGAGCGUUUCGCAAGUUUUCUUACCGAGGAAUCGACCUCAACCAACUCCUUGACCUCUCCUCCGAACAGCUACGCGAUGUCGUCCACGCCCGUGCCCGCCGCCGGUUCAAUCGUGGCCUAAAGCGCAAGCCCAUGGGCCUGAUCAAGAAGCUCCGCAAAGCCAAGCAAGAGGCCAAGCCCAACGAGAAGCCCGACCUCGUCAAGACUCACCUCCGUGACAUGAUCGUGGUCCCAGAAAUGAUUGGCAGCAUCAUCGGUAUCUACUCCGGAAAAGAAUUCAACCAGGUGGAAAUCAAGCCCGAGAUGGUUGGCCACUAUCUUGGUGAAUUCUCGAUCUCAUACAAACCCGUCAAGCACGGGAGACCGGGUAUUGGUGCUACUCAUUCCUCGCGUUUCAUUCCCCUUAAAUAA